CCUACAAAAUUGAAUAAAAUCGUUCAGGUUGAGAAAACUUUUGACGCUCAGCCUUAGUAAAUUUUAAAAAAAAAUUGUAAUUAUGAGCAACAAUAGUGAUAACGGUUUAAAAGUUUUACAAGAAAUUUAUUUAACAAAAUGUCGACUUUGUCAAGAAAAUGAUGGUUCGAUUAAAUUCCUCACCAAUUCAAUUUUAUGUGAACGAAUUCUACUGUGUACCAAAAUUAAUAUCGAAAACUCGGAAGAAAACGAAAUAUUACCCAAAGAAAUAUGCACGGAUUGUAACCAAAUUUUAGAAAAAUUUAAGAUAUUUCAAGAAAAUUGCUUGAAAAUUAAUGAACAAUUAAUGCAAUUACUUACAAAACCAUCAAAGGCUCCAAUAACAAAAUCAUCCAAAAGAUCAUCAAAUUUAAAUAAAAAAACUACAAUUUUAAAUCGAAUCUGUACAAAGUGUAAUGAACCGAAGAAAUCAAGCCGACAUUGUUGUAAAAUUGAAAAACUUGAUGGAAUCAAACAAGAAAAUAUUUUAGUAAAAAUUGAACCGGAUGAAACAGGCCCUGUAGGUAUUGACAACAGUGUUAAAUAUAUUUUGGUAAUCUCCGAAGAUAAUCAAAUAAAGAAUGAGACCGAAAUCGAAAUAAUUGAUGAAAAAUUAUCAGAGAAAGUAGAGGAAAACUGUGAAGAUGAUUACAAAUAUGAAAUAUUAGAGGAAAUUCCAUAUCAAUCUGAUCAUACAUCGUCUGCAGAUAACAACGAAAGUGAAGAUGAUUUCAAGGAGCAAUUUAAAAAAAUUCGUAGAACAAAAGAUUCGACUGGUACACGAAAUUAUGUUUGUAGUAUUACCGAUUGUGGGAAAAUUUAUGCUACUAAAGGCGGUUUAAAGAAACAUAGAUAUGCUGAACAUAAUAUUCGAGAUUUUCUUUGUACGACUUGUGGUAAACAUUUUGGAGAACAUAGUGGUUUAAAAGUGCAUGAACGUAUACAUGCCGCUACAAGACCAUAUGAAUGCACGAAAUGCAAUAUAGGGUUUGUACAAGCGGCUAAUUUACGAACCCACAUUAAAUUACAUCACGAGGGUCAUCGUUAUUAUUGCACACAAUGUGGUAAAGGAUUUUUAACAAGUUGUACUCUGAAACGACACGAAUUAGUUCACAUUGGUAAAAAGGAUUUUAAAUGCGAGAUGUGUUCAUCAGAGUUCUAUACACGACGCGAACUUUUGAAACAUAAAAAAUAUCAUUUUGAUAUUCGAUCUCACUUUUGUAAUAUUUGUUACAAAUCGUUUGUGGAAAAGCAUCAUUUAACGAUACACAUGCGCUCACAUACUGGAGAACGUCCAUAUGCGUGUGAUGUGAAUGGAUGUACCAAAAGUUUUAUGGAUAGUCAAAAACUACGCCGCCACAAGAAGAAUGUUCAUCGUUGUCGUUUGAAUCAAACCCAAUCAACUUAAUC